AUGGGAAGGUCAAAAUCAGCCUCCCGAGCUGAGCUGCUGAAGAACAACUGCUGCCGCUUGGCUUCACCGUCUCCAGCAUCCCUCGGCAUCGCCGGGGCGGCACCGAAAUCCCCCACUUGCCUCCAAAGAGUGAGGGAAUAUUUGAUCUUUCCCUUCCUGCAUGGCAUAGGGCCGCCGUUCCGGCUGCUGCUGGCAGGACGGAGGGCCGGGGUAGCUGCUCGUGCCACCGAAGCGAAGGAGAGCUGGGUGGCACCUGCUGGUUUAUGCGGAGCUGAGUCCCUCUCUUCAGAUGAAAAAGAGGUGGCGGCCGGCAGUGCGGAGGGAGAGGGCUCAGCCGAGGAGCACCCAGUGGGAGAGGACGGUUCCGAAAACAGCUCCAGCAGUAGCUCGGAAGAGGAAUCAGAUGCGGAGGAGUUGGAUGGAAGAAGGUCGGAUGAAGAACAGGAGGAGAAGGAACCGCCACUGCACUGCAAUGAAUCAGGAGCGAACUGUCUGCCCCUCUGUGAGCACUGCAGAAAUGAAAACGACCAGAAGGAGCAAGUGACCCCCAGGAGACUUUCUGGAGGACAACAUGUGGUGCAGCUGGACGCAGAGGGGACUUACCAGUGCAGCCUCACGGGCUUGAUUUUUGAGGUCACGGAGGCCGUCAAGAUCACGUAUUCCCUCUUAUCCUGGAGCAAAUACGCCAACCUCGUGGAAAAGCCGUGGAUUGUUGGCGGCCCCCUCUUCGACGUGCGCUGCGACUCGGCCCGCGCUCUCACCUCCAUCCAGUUUCCCCACUCCCUCUGCCUGGGCGAUCAUGGCGCUGGCAUGGCCUUCAAGGUUUUGCACAUCAAAGGCAACGACGCGGCCAUCGAGCCCUCCGCCGACUACUCGACCUCGCACGUGAAGUGGCUGGUGAGCUCGCUGUCACCGGUGGGACCCCUCAUCCAGAGCCAGGAGCCCGUGCAGUACCACGGUGCCGUCAUCCUCUACAAAGUCGUCGACCAGCAUCCCUCCUUGUCCUUUCGGGUCUACGUGGCUACAAACAACGACUCCUUUAUAAAGGAUAUCACAAGAGCCGUAAAACAUUCCAAUAAGAAAUUCAUUAAAAUUGACAAGCCCCCUGUAUGCCAAAAAUUACUGCAGAAAGGCAAGAGGUAUAGAUUAGUUUGUGAGCCAGAAGCUGAAAUAACUCCCGAGGAAAUUGAAUUUGUUGAUGGAUCUCUCUUGAAACUAAAAAGUUACAUUGAAGUCUAUUUGGAGAAACCUGAUGACUUCACCUUGUCUUUGGUUGAGCUGGAGUCUGAUGCGACCGUAUGGAAGGCAAAACUACGCGAGAGUGACUGGAUACAUUACGACCAGAACAAAAACGAGCAGAAAAGAAGCGCGGCCGGCGUCAAAAAACGGAAACCAGCCCUCAGCAUUUUGGAAGAAGAUGAGCUCUGUAGCAAAAAGCAAAAGACCGGCAAUACUACAGAUGGAACUGAAGCAAAAACCUUAACCGACCAACAGCUGAUGGUGAUCGCAAAGUUGUUUGGGAGGCAGUGGAGAGAAAUUGCCAUUGAGUGUCUUCAGAUGGAAAUGAAAGACAUCGAGCAGAUCCAGGCAACGGAAGAUGAAGUUAAUAUGCAAAAAUUUCUGGUGUUAAGCAAGUGGAGGGACAGAGAAAAAAGCAACGGUACUGCAGAAGCUUUGUACAGAAGUCUCCACGAAAAAGCGUCCUACGAGAUCCUGCAAGCCCUAGAAGGUAUCGCCAUCUCACCGUAUUUAUUUAGUUACAUCAGUGUGUUUCAGAUGUAUUUUAAGAAUUCGCAUCAGAGAGUUUCUCGGGGCGGUGCUGAGCUGGUGAAGCCUCAGCUAGAAGGAGCGCGGUGGGAGCGGAGCAUCUCCGGCUGCUUCCCUGGGAUCUCGCUGGGGUUCGGGAAGGCAGAUGCGAGGCAUCACCCCUCAGCGGACUGUUUUGGCAGCAUCUUCCACAAGAAAUGUGAAUGA